CUUCCUGUCCCGCCCCCAGUGACAGCCUAUUUAUGAUGCGUAUCUGCACGAACUGACACGCACCUCGCUAACACACAACAGUCCAGUCCAGGCUUAGCGCGCCGCUCACUCCAAACGCAUCGAAACAACGUAGAGCCCUUCAGCAUCGUCAUGGCAUCCGAAGAGUUGGCUAGAAAGCUCCAGCGCAGGUUGGACACCGAGCAGGGCUCAGCGGCACCCGCAGCGGCCCCCACUGAAGAAGAGGUACCUGCUAAAUGCAGCGAGCAACCAGAGACACCGGAGAGCGAGAGGGCUGCGACGGCGGGGGCCGACGACAACAACGCUGCUGCGUCUUCUGAACUCAACGCCAAACUCACCCGGAGGCUGGACAUCAACGAUGGCAUCGCUGCGCCAAAACGCAGCAAGGUCUUCAACCCCUACACGGAAUUCAAAGAGUUCUCUCGCAAACAGAUUAAGGAUAUGGAGGCGAUGUUCAAGAGGUUUGACUCCGGUAAGGACGGCUUCAUUGACCUGAUGGAGCUGAAGCUGAUGAUGGAGAAACUGGGAGCCCCUCAGACCCACCUGGGCCUCAAGAACAUGAUCAAGGAAGUCGACGAGGACUUUGACGGCAAACUAAGCUACAGAGAAUUCCUGCUCAUCUUCCACAAGGCAGCAGCUGGGGAGCUGGAGGAGGAAAGCGGCCUGAUGGCUCUGGCCAGGCUGUCCGAAAUAGACGUCUCCACCGAGGGCGUGAUGGGGGCCAAGGACUUCUUCGAGGCAAAGAUGAAGGCUCUCUCUGUGGGCAGUAAGUUUGAGUUGGAGAUCCUGGAGGAGAAGGAGGAGCGCAAGAAGCAGGAGCAGGACAAGAAGGAGCGACGGGCCGCCUUCAAGGAGCUACAGUCCACCUUCUGCUCCUGACCUCCUCCUGCAGGGGGAGCCCGCGGCCCGGCAGAGCUACAGGUCAUCUCGGCAUGCACAAUCUCAAACAUCUCAAACGGAGAUCCUAACAGUAGUUUUGCAAUGCACAAUAAUUUAGCCUAGCUAGCCCUACCACGAGGUCAGCUCUUAAUGUAACUGUGAUGUGUUUGGGCUUGAAAUGAUCUCAUCUUUUUUAAUGUUUGUCACACAAAGCCUUUUCCCUAGCUGUUUCAUGGUGUAACAUGUUCUGACGUGGAAGUGUGCUAUUUAUUAAUAUAUGAUUUCAAAUUAGUUCAAGCAGUGACGUGAGUUACAAAAUUCUGUGAAACUGCAAGUUGACCUUCCUUCUUCUUGAAAAUGGCUGCUCCAGCAAACAUAUCUUAAAGAGGCUUGGACACUCCAAGGACAUAUCCGAGGAGUAAAAUGAGGGUCCAUUUAGUGUUGCUAUUUUAUUUUACUUUAAGUUUUUUGUUUUACUUUAAAAUAUAUGAUCAAAUCGUAAAGUAGGGAUAGCCCCAAGUGUGAGUUUUCCUAUCGCAUAAAGCGGUGUCAAAUGCAAGCAAUAGAUUAUAUGGCAAAUGACAUCACGAGCCAAUAGCCAAUCAGAAAUGAUUUAAGUCUGUCUUUCAUUAGACGGAGGGUGCUGUCCCCAAUAUGUUUGUUCAUUUCUGAUUUUAUUCUAAUCUUCUUUAUCAUUCAACAUACACUUGGGGACAAUUUAAGGUUGUCCCUUUAUUUUACUUGCAACAUUUACUUUUUGUGGAAUGGCUGAUGUAAAUGUCAGGUUUCGUUAAGUAAUUCUUAAUUCAUCUUUUGGAUCCAAACAUUAUUGUGUGAGGUGUGUCAAAUAAUUGUCUCACUCGUUUAUAUUGUAUGUAUAUGUACACUUUAACUAUAAUUCGUUUUUUUGCCAACUUUAUUGUGACAAUUAUUAUUGUGGAAAAAAGGGCAUGGUGGCAUUUAAGCCUUAUGCAAUCUUAGAUCAUUUUCAUUGACUUUUGGAAGCACAGGCAUUAGUGUCUAGAUGUAGGUCUAAUUGUCUGUAAAAGUUAGCUGCUUUUACAGACAUGGCUUUUUGUCUUCAUUAUUAAUGAUUAACUACUUUAAUAUGUCAACAUGUCACAUCCAUGUUUUAAGAAAAACCAUUCAUGAAAGACUAACUGAGACUUGUAAGGGAGUGGAAUGGGCCCUUUGCUCACCAUGUUUUUUUAUUUUAUGUAUGUCAAAAUUACUGUUUGUAAAAGUACCAUUUUUAUGUAAUGUAUAUGUUGCUGAGAUUAAAAUGAUGUAUUUUUUCAUAUAUAAAAUAGGUAUUACAUUUAAUCUGUUGUAAUGCACAUGCAUAUAUUUUGAUGUACCUACCAAAAUGAAGGGGUGGCUAAUAUGAACUGCUAUGAUAUAUUUGAUAUAGUAAAAUAUAAAUGAUCAAAUAAAUAAUUGAGUUGCA